UUUCAUUGCCGUAGUUAAAAACACGGAAGUACGUGCGUUUGUAUCCGGAAGACAGAAGAAAAACAUUAACGGGUGACAGUGAAUUUUUGAAGCUAUGUUGGGAUUUUUUUUUUGCAUGGCCGACCGCAAAUAUUAUAACCGUAUGCAUCAGCACCGAAGUCAUGAUUAGUUUGGCAUCUGAAAUUGUUGUAAAACACAUCAAGCAAACGUUUGCUAAUUCCACUAACUGCAAUCGAGAAUAUUUUUCCAAGGCGUGAGUUGUUGCACCAGAUCCUCUUCACUUUUCAAGUAUCUGAGUGAUGACAGACCCACUGGGAACGUAUGGAGGAUCCUCAUAUGUCUCCAAGCUUGUGAUACUCCGCGAUUUGGAGAGCGAUUCCAGGUUCAGUCUGCAAGAAAAGAAAAUAGGAGGCACAUUUGUGAUCAGUGCUCUCUACCCUUUCCUGAUUCUGCCACUCUCGAGGGCCACGGGCAAGCACACAGACGUAUGGCGCAGGGGGCACCAUACGCCUGUGAGCAUUGUGGAAAAACAUCCACUCAAUCUCGCAACCUUAAAAUUCACCAAAAGAUUCAUUCCGGGCUAGGGCUUCACAUCUGCCGCCAAUGCGGUCGAGGUUUCCCCUCAAUGAAAGACGUGAAAAAUCACAGGUGCGGCCUGAGCGUCAACAAACCAUUUGAUUGCACCUUUGUUGCAAAUUAAGCCGUCUUUAGAAUUCAAAGUUGCACCACAGAAUCCACACACAGGACAAACUUCACCAGUGCAGCGCAUGCAAUAAGUGCUUCACACGUGCUGACAUAUUAAAAGUGCACCACCGUACCCACACAGGAGAAAUACCAUACAAUUGCACCGUGUGUGACCUUACUUUUCAACGCCUGGAUCAUCUGAAAUCGCAUCAAUGCACACAUGUAAUUGAACUGUGAAGUAAACUAACAGGAAGUAGAGUCUCCUUGUCUUCUUUUCUUUUCUUGAAUGAACACCUGCAUGUUAUCAGGUUUUGAAUGAUAUUUGUGCAUAUCACAAAUGAUUUGGAAAAAUAAAUAAAUAUACCAAUUAUAUAUUCAGUGAUUCUAUACAAAUAGACAACACACCAUGACUGCUUACCCUUAUUGACUUUAAUAUGACUUAUCUGAAAAAAAUAUGAAUAAACAGAACAGUAUCAAUGAGAAAUGCAACCGGUUGUGCUGCUUUAUAAAAUGAUCCAUAUGUAAACAGAAGCAAAUUAGCCAACAUAUUUUUGCACAAUUGUAGAUUAGUAUUUAGUAUUUGAAACUUAUUAUGAUAGUCUUUUAUUAACACCAGGUGAAAUGAUGUAAACUUAUUGUGGCUUUGAAAUUAAUUUGACGCCCGUGCCUCAUUUAUUAGUCACACAGUUGUCUCAUUGUCUUCUGUAAAUACAACAUUAGGGUUCAUGGUGAAAAUAAGUUACAUACUUGCCCGUGUGAGGUCAACAUAUAUUAUAUUACAACAAGAUAGCAGUGAUCGACACACUUCAGGUGUACCAAAACAGGUUGAUGUUACAGUUAAUAGAUUUUAUUAGGUGAAUCCAUAGAGGUUUGGACAAAUUAGAUCCUUGAUCAUUUUUUUUCCAGUAGCAGCACUACCGUGGAAAUUUGGGUUGUAUUUAACAAAACUCAGUCUCACAAACCCGGAAGUGUGGUAGGGCAGCAUUUGGGUUUCUUUACGGGAAACGCGUUUAUUCCGGGCCUUACGCGGCCACCGUACUACGUCACUGUCUAGCAACAAGAAGCUUGUCUGAUUACCAAAAUGUGUUUAUGUAUUGUAGUUUGAUUUCUUGCAUUGUGCUUGCUUAGGUGAGGAUACCUUAAAAUCAUGCACAAUUAGGAUAAUAUAAACCGCACGAAUACUGCAGUUUAUUGGUCAAUGGGAUUCAUUAUUUAGCAUAAGGUUGCUAAGAUAAGGCAGGCAAGUGUUCGCUGCUACGUUGACAACAAGCGGUAUUCAGUCAGCAAGAAGAAUCUAAUAGUGGUGACUACGAAGAUAAAUCGUAUGUGUCACAUCGAUCGUAUGUGUCAAUAUUUUCAUUUUGGAACGACUUUUCUACGAAACGUACGCGGAGCUCCCGUCAUGUCAGACUUGGAUACCCUCGUUGUCACCUUCCAGACGCAGCUACUGGACUUGAUGGAGACUGUGGUGAAAACAACGAUGUAUAAGGUCACGCAGCUGGUAGAGAACUGCUUUUUAGAUGAAGUGAAGCGCAAGAGCCAGGAGUUGGAGACACUCAGGAUAAGGUUGGAAUGCGCUGAAGUGAAAUUAAAAAAUCGUUGUGUGAAAGAAGGAAAAAAAGAUGGCACAUUUGUUGAGAUUACAAGUGAUGCUGAUGACAACACUUCAGGAGAAAGACUUGGAGAACUGCAUGGUGAUGUUUUGAUGUCUUGUCCUGGGAAAAAUGAAAGUGAUACGAGAUGGACGGACAGCCCGAUCUGUGAUAUAGAAUCGGAGGCGGAUGAACCCCUUGCCAUUCUCACCCCGGAGGAGGGGACACAUAAAAUUGAACAUGCUGAUGUGAUGCCAUCUGUUAAUGUGAAGGAAGAAGUCAAUGAGGGAGGUUCUGAUUCUGACAGUGCAAGUGUGAGGAUACAUGCUUAUCCAGGUGAUAGCCAGGAAACCAGCAAAGGUGAUGUGUUUUUUAAGAAUGACAAAGCAAAAGAAUUCCAAAUAUCAAAUGUAUACAACAUUCCCGAAGGCCUGGAGAGCUCCGACAUGACCACACAUCUGUCAGUGGAAAUGCACACCGGCUGGACAGGCCUCACGCUUCAUCGUCACAGAGUUAGACCUGACUGGAAGUGUCAUCCAGCCAAAAGCAAUUGUUCUUUACAGCAAGCAAAGGAAGAGCUAGUAGACUCUGCUAUAGAAGCUGACAGGAGGCAUGUUAAUACAAGCAGAGACCAGCUUUCUUCCUCCGAGUCUUCCUCCAUGCAAAAUCCCAACUCGCCAAGCGUUCCAAUUAAGCAGGAGGAUUUCGAUGGUGGUGGUGCUGACUCUGGGCAUUUGAGUAACAAGGCAUCAACAAAGGCGGGAAUUGCAUCCUUCUCGUGUGCGGAAACGAAAAAGCCAAUCCAGGAAGAAAUAAAGCUGCAUUCGACAUUCGACUCUACAUGUGACAGACUGCAGGCUUCUGUGAAACAGGUCAGCCGAGCCUUGAAAAAGCCUCCUGGCAUCCCAUCAGGCAGCACUGCAGCAUUGUCUCAAAUUCACUCUCAGACAUUCAACGUAGAUUCGCUGAACAAAAUUCCCUCCACAUCUAAAGCUGCGCCCCCGACCGCGCUCUCAGUCCAGCGAGAUCACCUUGCAAACAAAUUACCUGCCACGUUAUGGGUUAACAAUAGAGCAUGGCCUCCAUCUGCAAACUCCCAUCACGGAUAUCUUACAUCCCAUCCAGACUCUCAUCCCGUUUUCAGGCACUCUCUGCGCUGUGGCCAGUGUGGGAAAUGUUUCCCCCACCCUAGCAACCUUAAGGCCCACCUGCAGACCCACACAGGUGAGAGGCCUUUCUGCUGCUCUUUGUGCGGUCGCAGCUUCACCAAGCUGAGCAAUCUGAAAGCCCAUCGGACAGUCCACACCGGAGAACGGCCAUACUGCUGCUUGGCGUGCGGCAAGCGGUUCACACAGAAAUGUAACCUGAAACGCCAUCAGAGGAUACAUGUCGAUGUAUGAUGGACAGGCUACGGUCUCCAAGCAACAGAUUUUGUAUGCAGAGUAUACUUCAUUUGUGUUGGAAAGACAGGACAUGUGAGGUUUCCUGAACAAUGUCAUGAACAAAUAUGCAUUCUGUGAAUAUACGAAUUCUGCCAUUUUCAUAGUCUGUACUGUACAGUGCUAAAUUUAUCAUUUAUCUUAUCCUCUUGUCAUAAAGAGUCCAUCCCGCAUCAUGA